CCCUUCCAGUGAGCCUUGCUAAUGUGAAAGUUGUCGUGAAACAGAAGACCAAGCUACUCAGCUGAUUAGUUGGUCGGCCCCGGAUGUGAUGUUGGGCGGAAGGUGUAGUCACAUUUUGGAUCCAGCAUGGCAUCAACGAGCAAGCGGAAGCUGGAGGACCUGAGCGUGGAUGAGUUCCUGGCCUCAGGUUUUGACUCAGGAGAUGAGGAAGACUCUGAGGAGGAGUCUUCUGUACUGCAAAAUGGAGGGGGCAAGAAAUCUGGAAAGUCCAGUGACAAAGCGCAAGUCAAGGGCGAGAAAAAGAAAGGCGAGGCGUCCCAGCACAAGGACCAGCUCUCCAGGCUGAAGAACAAGGACCCCGAGUUCUACAAGUUCUUGGAGGAGAAUGACCGCUCGCUCCUCAACUUCGAUGACACGGAUAGUUCUGAAGACGAGGACGAGAGCAAGUACCACACGCUACCCAACCAACUGGAGGAGGCCAGCUCUGGGGAAGAAGAAGGAGAUGAAAAGGUGGCAGAGGCAGCAGCAGCAGCAAAGAAAUCCAAGAAAGCUAAAGCAGAAGUCAUCAAAGUGACCGAAAAAAUGGUGGAAGAAUGGAGAGCAGCCAUCAAGGAGGAACUCACUCUCAAGCUGUUUCGGGACAUUACCCAGGCCUUCAAGGCUGCCGUGGCAACCACCAAAGGCGAAGGGGGUGACCCGUGUCGCUACAAGGUGGAGGACAGCUCAGUGUUCAAUGCUCUGGUGCUCUUCUGCAUCAGAGACAUGUUCGUGGCCCUGCAGCGGAUGCUUAACCUCAAACCACAGAAGGACCAAAAAACUCUGGUGCUGCCAUCGUCCAGCCCCCGGUGGCAGAAGAACCAGCUGGACAUCAAGAUGUACCUGAGCGGCAUCGUUCAGCUCCUGUCUUGCUUAACGGAGGCUACGGUCAUCAGCGCGGUGCUGAAACAUGCCAACCAGAUGGUGCCGUAUUACCUGUGUCUGCCCAAACAGUGCCGCCACCUCCUCAAGCAACUGAUCAAGCAGUGGAGCACGGGGGAGGAGACGGUUCGAGUCCUGGCCUUCCUCGCGCUCAACAAGAUCUGCCGGCACAAGCAGGCGUCCUACCUCAACCCCGUCCUCAAGCAAAUGUACAUCGCCUACGUGAAGAACUGCAAGUUCACGUCGCCCAACGUCCUCCCCAUGAUCAACUUCAUGCAGCGGACGCUGACGGAGAUGUACUCGCUGGACACUCAGGUGUCCUACCAGCACGGCUUCAUCUACAUCCGGCAGCUGGCCAUCCACCUGCGCAACGCCAUGACCAUGAAGAAGAAGGAAACGUACCAGUCUGUGUAUAACUGGCAGUUUGUGCACUGUCUGUUCCUGUGGUGCCGGGUGCUGAGCACCCUUCACCCCAGCGACGUCCUGGAGCCUCUUAUAUACCCCCUGUGCCAGGUCACCGUGGGCUGCAUCAAGCUGGUGCCCACGACCCGGUACUACCCCCUGCGCAUGCACUGCGUCCGAGCGCUCACCUUGCUCUCCGAGCGCACCAAGACCUUCGUUCCCGUCUUGCCCUUUCUGCUGGAGGUCUUCCAGCAGGUGGACUUCAACAAGAAGCCCGGGCGGAUGACUGCCAAGCCCAUCAACUUCGCCGUGAUUCUGAAGCUCAACAACGUCAACCUGCAGGAGAAGGCCUUCCGGGACGGUCUCAUAGAGCAGAUGUAUGAUCUUCUGCUGGAGUACUUCCACACCCAGGCCAGCGCUAUCGGCUUCCCAGAGCUGGCUCUACCCACCGUCAUUCAGCUGAAAGCCUUUCUGAAGGAAUGCAAAGUGGCCAAUUACUGCAAGCAGAUCCGGCAGCUCCUGGAGAAGGUGCAGGAGAACGCCGCUUACAUCACGGCCCGCAGACAGAGGGCCGCCUUCGGCGUGGCCGACGGGCCGGCGGUGGAGUCCUGGGAGAAGGAGACGGCUGAGGAGGGCACGCCUCUCACCCGCUACUACAGCCAGUGGAAGAAGCUUCGGGAGAAGGAGAUCCAGCUGGAGAUCUCCGGGAAGGAGAGGAUGGAAGAUUUGGACUUGCCCGAGAUCAAACGCAAGAAGCUGCAGGACAGAAAGGCGCACGACAAGAAAGAGUUUAAGGAUCUCUUUGAGUCCGACAGCGACUCCGCCGAUGAAAGCGCGGGACUCAAAGUCAAAGCAGGCAAACGCAGAGGAGCCACAGACGACGAGGACCCGGAUGAUCUGUCCGACCUGAGCGGUGAGGAUGAUGAUGAUGAUGGCGAAGAGGGAGAGUAUGAAGUGGAGGGUUCUUCAGGUGGGGACGAUGAUGAUGACGACGAUGAUGAGGAGGAAGAGGGGAAGAGUAAGAAGGUCCGAGCGCCUGCGCAGCUGUCCCAGUCGGACCUGAAGGAGCUGGCCGACGGAGACGAGGACCUGGUGGAAGAUCUGGAGCUGUCGGACGAGGACUGAGCCCCUGAGGACUGAUCCCCUGGGGCCUGGGCUCUAAUCCUCCCCAGUUUUCACAUGCCACCCUUUUACACCAGGAUUGAGGAUCCUGAGGUCAUUAAUACUGCCACGUUGCAUUUCACUCCUAUUUACUGCGUAGAGUAACGGAUGUAAAUAAAAUAAACCAGUUUUACUAAAAGUCA